AUGGCUGAAUCGACUGCUAAAGCUAGUAUUAGUAAUAAAUUAAGUAUUGAAGACCUUGAUCUCAAAGGUAAACGAGUAUUAAUCCGGGUUGAUUUCAAUGUUCCAUUGGACAAAGAAACUGGUCAAGUGAAAGAUAAACAACGUAUUGAAGGUGCAUUGCCGACAAUCAAAUAUGCACUCGACAAAGGGGCUAAAGCUGUUAUUCUUAUGUCACAUUUGGGCCGUCCCGAUGGCAAACGCGUCGAAAAGGAAAGUUUGAAACCAGUUGCUGAGGAAUUACAAAAAUUACUCGGCAAAGAUGUCAAAUUUCUCAACGAUUGUGUCGGUGAUGAAGUAGAAAAAGCAGCCAGUGAAGCUGACAACGGUCAAGUUCUUUUACUUGAAAAUCUUCGAUUUCAUUUGGAAGAAGAAGGUUCAGUUAAGGACAAGGCUGGAAAUAAAACGAAAGCUGACAAAGAUGCAGUCGAUAAAUUUCGAGCAAGUUUAUCGAAACUCGGUGAUGUUUAUAUUAACGAUGCAUUUGGUGCAGCUCAUCGAGCUCAUAGUUCAAUUGUUGGUGUCAAAUUAGAUCAACGUGCUGCAGGAUAUUUGAUGAAGAAAGAAUUAGAUUAUUUUGGAAAAGUUCUAGAAAAUCCCGAACGUCCGUUCCUCGCUAUUCUCGGUGAGUUCUUUCUAGGAGCAAAAUAUCCAACGGUUGUUUUUCUCUUGACAGGUGGAGCUAAAGUUUCGGACAAAAUUCAAUUGAUUGAAAAUCUUCUCGAUAAAGUCAACGCCUUAAUCAUUGGUGGAGGCAUGGCUUUUACUUUUCUCAAAGAAAAGGACAACAUGAAAAUUGGCAAAUCAUUAUUCGACGCAGAAGGCUCAAAAUCCAUUCAAAAAAUUCUCGAAAAAGCUAAAUCAAAGAAUGUCGAAAUCCAUCUCCCCGUAGAUUUCAUUGUUGCUAAAGACGUUAAAUCAACCGAAACGAAAGAAGCUACCAAGGAAAGUGGUAUCGAAGAUGAUUACAUGGGUCUUGAUAUCGGCAAGGAAUCCGUGAAACAAUUCAGUGAAGUUGUCAAGAAAUCCAAGACAAUUGUCUGGAACGGACCGAUGGGAGUGUUCGAACAAGAUCCAUUCGCUAGCGGAACAAAAGAUUUACUCAAAGUAGUUGCUGAACAAACCAAAAAUCAAGGCACAACAAUCAUCGGUGGGGGUGAUACAGCUACUGCUUGCGCCAAAUUUGGUUUCGGUAGUCAAAUGAGUCAUGUUUCAACCGGAGGUGGUGCAAGUCUCGAACUUUUGGAAGGAAAAGAUCUUCCCGGUGUCACUGGUCUUAGUGAUAAAGCGGCUAAAUGA